AUGUCGUCAAGUGAAGUCUCUGAAAAGCCAAGACGAUUUGUCGGACGCAAAGCGCCCACGGGUGAUGCAAAAAGUGCGUUGGUUCAAACUCAAAAGCGCCCAAUUCGUAGAGCAUUGAAUCAGAUCCCUCAGGAAAUCUUAGAGGACAAGGAUCUCAAUGAGGCUAUCAAACUUCUACCUUCCAACUACAACUUUGAGAUCCACAAGUGCAUAUGGAAUAUCCGCAAGAACAAUGCUACCAGAGUGGCACUUCAGAUGCCUGAGGGACUUCUCAUAUACUCCAUGAUUGUUGCCGAUAUUUUGGAGCAAUUUGGGAAUGUUGAGACGGUGGUAAUGGGCGAUGUUUCAUAUGGUGCAUGUUGCAUUGAUGACUACACCGCAAGGGCACUAGAUUGUGAUUUCAUUAUUCACUAUGCUCACCUGUGUCUCGUGCCAAUUGAUGUUACAAAAAUCAAGGUUUUGUAUGUUUUUGUCACUAUUGCCAUUGAUGAGACCCAUUUGGUCAACACCAUCAAGCUCAAUUUCGCUCACGGUGAUCGCAUUGCCUGUUUCGGAACAAUCCAAUUCAAUCCUGCUAUUCAUGGUAUUGUUGAUAAGCUAGCGUCUGAUCCCGAGAAAACCAUAUAUAUCAUUCCUCCUCAAACAAUGCCACUUUCCAAAGGUGAGGUCCUAGGCUGUACUUCAGCUAGACUCGACAAAACUCUCAAUGCCAUGAUAUACAUUGGAGACGGAAGAUUUCAUCUUGAAAGUGCUAUGAUCCACAAUCCCGAGAUCCCUGCCUUCCGCUACGACCCAUACUCUCGGAAAUUAACGAGAGAGCGGUACGAUCAGCAGCAGAUGGUGAACGUGCGUCAGGACGCCAUUCAGACAGCCAGAAACGCAAAGAAAAUUGGUCUUAUCCUAGGCGCAUUGGGUCGCCAGGGUAACCCACAAACCCUUGACAGAUUGGAACAGGCUUUCAGCAAGGUUGGUAUCAGUGUGGUAAAAAUCAUUUUAAGUGAAAUUUUCCCUCAGAAACUUGCAAUGUUCGAUGACAUCGAUGCAUUUGUUCAAGUUGCUUGUCCUCGAUUGUCGAUUGAUUGGGGUUACGCAUUUGAAAAGCCUUUACUCACCCCGUACGAAGCUAUGGUAAUGUUAAAUGAAGAUACUUGGGUAAAGGAUUAUUAUCCUAUGGACUACUACAAAAAGGAUGGUUAUGGAAGAGGCCAAAUUCCCGAGAGAACUUAA